CAUUAUGUUAGCCAAACAUUUUUAUGCAAUUGUUCAAUCGGAAGAAAAUACCGUAGCUUUUUUAAAGGAAAGAGGACUUAUUGAAAUCGGCACUCCUCCUUGUGUUCACUGUGGUUCGCAAACUAAAUUCUAUACUCGCAAAGAAAGAGGAAAAGAACAAACAGUGAUACGAUGCACAAAGAAAGGCUGUCAAAGAACUCAAUCCGUCCGUAAAGGUAACACGUUUUUCACGUAUACUGAUAAAAAUGGUCAAUGUAAUAGCGGUCUAUCGUUGUCACAAAUUUUAGAACUAUCAUAUUAUUGGUGUUUUGAAAUACCACAAAGUACCAUAAUAAAAUUAACUGGGCGUGGAAAUCACACAGUGACUGACUGGAUGAAUUUAUGCCGUAACAUACCAAUAGCUGCUUUUGAAAAAAAGAAGUAAAAUGGGGGGUAUAAAUACUAUUGUUCAAGUCGAUGAAUCCUUAAUGCGUGGUAAAAGAAAGUACAACAGAGGGCGAUUAUUGGGGGCUGAUAUUACUACUGAAAAUGUUGAUGUAGACGAGUUGAGCGACGAA